AUGAAAUUUCUGGUAUUAGUAGCGGCGGUGUCGGUAGUAGCAGGCGCUCCACAACGCGAAAAGCGCCACUACGAGCCUGGCCUGGUGCACUCGUCCUCUCUUCAGAGCAGCUCGCUGCAGCAGACGCAGUACCAAUCCACUUCCUUGCAACAACAGACUUAUCAGCCCCAACAACAAUACAACGUCCAGCCUAUAAACACGUGGCAAAAUCAGCCGCAGGUGUAUCCGAUCAACCAGCAGAGGAUUUUCUCUACUCCUCAAUACCAGCUGCCAGUGUACACUGAUCAGGUGCCCGUGCAAAACGUGCAGUACAGACCUCUCCAGCAGUACGCCCCUCUACAGCAAUACCAUGCUCAGCAGUACACUCCCGUCCAACAGUACACUCCCAUUCAGCACUACACACCUAUCCAACAGUACAGGCAAAUCGAACAGUACAGGCCCGUCCAACAGACUUACACCGUCCCCUACAACUACGACAGCAGUUAUCAGAGGAACCCGUGGUGCUAA